AUGGAGGAUGAUUUGGAUUCGACUACCAUAGAGCAAUUCCGGGCGAAACCGCCCCACCAGUCACCUGAGGUAUUAAUCGCAGCUGUGACUGUAAAUUGUCUCGUGGCGGCAAUAAAUGGUGAAGCAGCCACCGAUAAAGCGGCAGUGCCAUACAUCGAUAUGCUGUUGCCGCCAUUCGAAGAUGUGCCAGACAACAGCAAAGAUGCAGCAACUAAAAAUAAGGUAACAGCCAAGGUGAAAACUGAAGCUACAACAACUACUACAACAAAAAAACCAACUACAACGACUACAACGAAAAAAUCCAUAACUAAUGAGGUGAAUAAUAGUUUACCUGAACUAUCGAUUGAGGCUUUAUUGCCACCAUUAUUUGAGGCUAAAACUGAACAGGAAGAAACUAAGAAAACUACAACACAAAAACCUACCACAACAACAACGACGACUACCAGAAGGCCAACAACAACUACAGCUAAAACAACCACCACCACCGCUAAGCCCACAACGACAACCACUACAAGAACUACUGUGCAACCUUCUAAAUUAGAAGUACCUGACUUAUUUUUGGACUCUUUGCUGCCUCCCUUGCUCGAUAAUAACAUUGUUGAUGGCAAAGAAGAAAAGGUAGCGGUAACCACACAAAAACCUAGUCUUUCAUUCAAAACUACUAAAAAAUCUUACUACCAACAACAACAAACACAACAGCUGAAAGAUCAAAAACAACAACAAUUAAAACAUUUACAAGCCAGCACCAGCAAAGAAGUUAAGAACUACAACAAACCAGCAGCCACCAUCUCAGCCGCCGAUAAGCAUGUUGCUGAAAGCAAAACUCAAACAAAACAGGUUCCCUUGACUACUCACAAACAAAACAUCAAGUUGCAAAGCAAGAUCGAAACCAUGGCUAAGCAACAUGUAGCUAAACAAGUAGCACAACAAAGACACUCAAUUGGCAACACGCAGCACGAUGAUAAACAAUUCAAUAAUAAUUAUAGUUUUGAUUUGUAUUUCGGUUCGACUACAGCAAGGCCAGCAAAAAGUGGUCUACCCACAAUUACACCAUUCCCUCAUCGUUUGGGAAGAUAAAAGAAUUUUGAACGGAUCUUACACUACAUUUUUAAGACUUAAUUUAUUAUAAAUACCCCUCAAAAUAAAAAAACACAAUAAAAAUUUUAAAAAUUAA